UACCGAUUAACAUGUGUAUCAAAAAAUGAAAACAAUUCCUCGAGUCUAUCUCAUUCCCGAGUUUAAGUCAAUUUCACACUGACAGAGAGAGUUUAAAUCCCAUUUCUGCAAAUCGCAGCUCAAAGAGGCUUGAACGAUGUUGUUGCUAAAGAGAGGAGGUCAAACACUAGCCAGUGCUCAUUUUCAUGUUCUCACUUCAUUCACGUCGAUGGCUUCAAUUGUAAGCACCCCUUCUCUUUUUCAUUCUCAUUUUCUUCUUUUCUCUACUAAACCUAACCCUAAUUCACAACCCAAACCCCCCUUUAUUCCUUCUCCAUCCACCACUCAUCCCGAACUUAAACAAUUACUCUAUCAUAAAUCUAAAGUUGGUUUUGAUAAACUCGACGAUGCUCUUCUUGUGUUCGAUCAAAUGCUCCGUCUGAAAUCUGGGCUUUCUGUUGUGGAUUUCAACCAACUCUUAACCGCCCUCGUACGAAUGAAAGAAUACUCUGUAGCUGUCUCCAUGUUUAGAGAAAUGCGUGUGUUAAGCAUUCCUGUUGACAUUGUUACCUUUAAUACUGCCAUUCAUUCCUGUUGUCACUUGAAUACACUUGAUUAUGCCUUUCCGUUGCUUGCUGGAAUCAUCAAGAGUGGUUGGGUGCCCGAUGUCUUUACCUACAACACUCUCAUCAAGGGCCUUCUAUCUCAAGACAGGCCUUUGGAGGCUGGGGAUUUGUUUAACAAGCUUAUCAGAUUUCAAGAAAUUCAGCCCGAUGCAGUUACGUAUAACACCAUCAUUGAUGGUCUCUGCAAAACUUCAAAUACCUCCAUGGCUCUCAAGUUGUUAAGAAAGAUGGAGGAGAUAGGUUGUAACCCCGAUGCGGUAACUUAUACCUCAAUUAUUGAUUCUUUGUGCAAAGAGAGACGAGUCGAUCAAGCAUUGGUUCUUGUGUCUGAAAUGACCGACAAAGGCAUAUCACCUGAUGUUAUAACCUAUAGCACGCUACUUCAAGGUCUUUGCAGCUCCGGCCGAUGGGAGGACACUGAGCGUUUGUUAACUGAGAUGGGUGUUAGGAGGAUCUAUCCAGAUUUGCACACCUAUAAUAUAUUAGUUGAUGCAUACUGCAAAGAAGGGAGGACAACACAUGCAGAAGAUGUGAUUGAAAUUAUGAUCCAGAAAGGUGUGCCUCCUGAUUCAAUCACAUACAAUGCACUGAUGGAUGGUUAUUGUUUAACAGGCAAAAUGGACAGGGCACUAGAGGUGCUGAAUACCAUGAGGAGUAAUGAGAUAUGGCCAAACUAUUAUAGCUAUAACAUUCUGAUAAAUGGCUAUUGUAAGAGGCAGGAACUAGACAAAGCCAUCAGUCUCCUCAGACAAAUGCGUGUUGAAGGUAUAAAAGCCGAUGUUCAAACCUACAGCACCAUCAUACAUGGUCUCUUUCAGAUGGGCAGACAUAAUGAGGUGGACAACCUUUUCCUUGAAAUGCUAAAAGAAGGUACUAAACCAAAUAUCGUAACAUGUCGAAUUUUGUUGGAUGGCCUUUGCAAGAACCGAUACAUGGAUGAAGCAAUUUCCUUCUUUCGAGUGAUGGAAUGUAAAGGUAUAGUUCAUGAUAUUCAAAUACAUAAUAUCCUAAUUGAUGGUCUCUACAAGAACGGAAAGCUUGACGAGGCCAGAAAUACUUUUGAUAAGCUUGCUUCGAGAGGUUUGCAACCUGACGUCAUAACACACAACAUAAUGAUCAGAGGAUUUUGUCAAGAAGGGUUAUUUGAGGAAGCAAAGGAAUUACUUUCUAAAAUGGAAACGGGCAUUUGUUUGCCUGAUGCUGUGAUUUAUAAUACGAUCAUCCGUGGAAGUCUUUUAAAUAAAAGAUAUGGAGAAGCAGUUGUACUGACAGAGAACAUGCGAGCUCGUAAAUUCUCAGAAGAUGCAUCUACCACAUCCAUGGUACUAGACCUAUUAUCUAAAGAAGAACAAGACCCCUCCGUUCUUGCUUUCUGCAAAUGGUUUUUGCAAUAGGUACUGAAGUUUAUGGUUCAUUGUUAUGUAUUGUCAUCUUUUAACUUCCUCGAGUUUUCUGCUGUAGUAAUAUGUUUUACUGAGCAAAGAAUUAUUCUAAUUAGCAAUGUAAAGGGUUCCAUCAGUUAAGAAUAUGUUUUUUGGAGGCAUAUCAUGUAAGGGACUCAGACUGUUCCCAUCAUUUCAAUGAACGAAAAUGUUUUUGU